AAUGGAUGAAUCAAUAGUAGACGCAGUCGCAGCUUGUCGACCAGCGCCCGCGCCACCUUCUCAGUCGCGACCUCCAUCUUGGAUGGACUUCGUCGACUCUGCGCGCCGAGUCUAAGGAAGAUGAUUACUUCUUGUGUUCUGUUGGUGGCCAUAGCCGUUGGGGCUAACGGGCAAGCCUACCUGCCUGUAGCUAAGGAACACUUCCUGACCGACUCUCUCCUGCGGGAAGUGGUGGACCGGAUGGGUAGAGACUUGGCAGAAUCGUACUUGGAUUCCAACCAACUGACUGUGGGAGAGGACCCCCCGUAUUAUCAGGACAGCCCCCAUCCCAGCCUGCGUGACCGAGAAUACCUCCAGCACAGCUCCCUUUGGGGCCACCAGUACAUGACAGGAGGGGCCGGAGAGGGCAAGCAACAUCUCAAGCCUGAUGGAGCAGUUCAGAACCAAAAGCAAGUGAAGACGGACGCUGCCCUCCCUGCCUACUGCAACCCUCCCAAUCCUUGUCCCAUCGGCUACAAUGCGGAAGACGGCUGUCUCGAGGAGUUUGAGAAUACGGCAGCGUUCAGUCGCGAGUACCAGAGCGCUCAGGACUGCAUGUGUGACUCGGAGCAUAUGUUUGACUGUUCAUCCCACGACUCGGAACUGGACCAGUUUGUUCAGCAGUUUCAGGCGGAAAAUCCACACAAGAAUUUGGUUGCUAAGAAAUAUCAUGUGGAAAAGGACAGCAACCCAUUCCUGCGUGGUGACAAGUUGCCCGUAGCGGCCAAGAAAGGCCUGAACGUUGUCUACUAACUCUCGACUCGACCUACCGCCCAUCGGAGUAUACUCUACUAUACUCUGCUAGAAGGUUACGUCACUCAGAAGCAAUGUUAUGUUUCAGGACAGCAACCCAUUCCUGCGUGGUGACAAGUUGCCCGUAGCGGCCAAGAAAGGCCUGAACGUUGUCUACUAACUCUCGACUCGACCUGGCGCCCAUCGGAUUGACCGGACACUCCACUCAACUCCAUUAGGGAGUCAAGCUUAGCUCAGUGUCAAUGUUAUGUUCAUUCACCUAUUGUUGUUUGUUGUACCUGUUAUCGUUGUAUUAUACCAUUAUGCUUCGGGAGACGAUCGGUUGGCCAUCAGGAAACGAACGGGCCCGUUUGAUUAUUUCGUGUUAAAAUUCAAAUUGAUUUCGGAUUUGUCUGGUUCGCAUAAGUACCGUUUGCAUAUCAGUCCACAUACUCAUUGACGGCUGGUCGAGCAGUGUACGCUGAUUAGGCCCACACCGUAACUUCAGCGCGCAGUUACUGUGUGAAGCGCACACUGCAUGUUCACCCUGUCGAGUCCACAUAGGUGUAUCAGUGUUAGGCUAGGUCUUCUCGACAAUAUCACCAUCACUUUGUCAAAAUUUAUGCAUGACUCGUGCUAAAUUUCGAGUUCAAAAUUUCGUUCAUUCGUAAAAAAUGUUUUCCGGUCGAAGAAUACAAUCGAUUGAGGUGUGAGGCUCGCCUCAAUUUUGUAUUCUUAGGUCGCGUUUUGAAAAUUUACUUUCGAUUGUCAACAUUGCUGAAGGGUUUUCAUGAAAUCUCAAUUUUCACUUCUUUACUCCACUUCUCACUUGAACACACCGAUAGUUGUCUUGAGACAUCUCUGUGUUAGAAUAGAUUCAAUCCUAGCUGUUAUGAAUCUACACAAGGUUAUGCUUGAACUCAGCCGUUAUGUGUGGUUGUUUUAACUAUUGACAGGUGUGAAUAAAAUGUUCUACUACCUA